GCUUCUUUCAGAAAAGUCACCAGGAAGCCAUUUGGUUGAGGUUUCUGUUGUAGAAGUGUAUAAUAAUGAAGUUUUUGAUCUUCUGGCCAAAGACAACUCUGGAAGGAUGAAUGGUAUCAAAAGGGAUAUAAUGACAAAUAAAGAAGGAAAGAAUGAUAUUCCACUUCUUACCAAUGAGCAGGUGUGGGGUUUUUUUGUGAUUAUUGUACUAGGUAUGUCUGGUGUAACUGGGUCACUGUUGAGAGAGACCUCCUUCAUUAAUCGCAGCUUGUCUGCUCUAGCAGAUGUACUUGGAGCCCUAUCAGAACAGAACUCUCACAUUCCAUAUCGAAAUAGCAAACUUACACAUUUGCUACAGGAUGCCAUAGGUGGUGAUGCAAAGUUGCUGGUGAUAUUGUGUGUCUCUCCAAGCCAGAAGUACAUAACAGAGUCACUUCAAACCCUAGGAUUUGGGUCCCGUGCUCGGAAGGUUCAGAGACGGCAUGCCAAGAAAAGAAAUGAACUGGCACUGAACAAAUCCAAAUAAGGCAUAAGCCGUCUGUGGAUUAAAACUUUUAUUAAUGAGUUCCUCAGAUUGAAAAAUAAUCUUGUU